UCCGUUCUGGAUCUGGACCGCUGCUGGAUGUAAUCGAUGAUAUCCUGCCACUACAACAGAAGUGAAUUCGGAAAAUAAACAGAAAUGCAACCAGUCCGAGCCGUGUUGUCCUGCACUUCAUGCCGACAACGAAAAUUGAAAUGCGAUCGGAUCGAGCCGUGUGGCAACUGCAUCGCAAGGAACGUUGACUGUGUCUACGUGGUCCACCCGCGGAUCCGCGGUUCUGCACAAACAAAUGAUGGCUACCAGCGUCUCAAUGCUCGUAUUCGCCACCUGGAGCAGCUCAUUAGUGCUGCUGAUACGCCCAUGCCGCAGAGGGACGCCAGUUCCGACCAUAUUUGCCAGCAUUGCGGGAGAGUACCAGACUUGACCAAUGGCGUUUUGCAUGGCCAACCACAGCAAGAAAACACACCGGACUUACUUCGUGACGAACAAAGUGGUAUCAAGCCUGGCCGGAUCAUCUCGAGCGACAGCCAGACAACCUAUGUAUGCGGAGUGCAUUGGGCGGCAAUUUACAAUGAGAUAACUGAUAUUAGCCGACAACUCGACCAAGACUCUUCAACGGAUGAUUUUGAAGAGUCGGAGGCUGGCUAUGGAAAUGGUCCAAUGCUUCUUGGAGGAUUAUGGCCUACGGCGAGCUUGGAAGAUAUCUUGUCUGAUAUCCCGCCCAGAGAUCUUGCCGAUAGACUGGUAUCGCGAUACUUCAACUCCUUGGACCCAUCAGUUGUGCUGCUUCACGCCCCCACUUUUGAGCAAGAGUACAAAGGCUUCUGGCUAGACGAAAAAAAGCCGAAAGCGCAAUGGCUAGGUUUAUUGUUUGGCAUUUUGUCAAUGGGAACAUUCUUGUAUCUGCGGUCUCGAGACCCUCUCCCAGGGACAUUUGACAAUCCCAAGGCAUUGAUGGAUAUCUUCCAACGGCGUUCAACAGAGUGCUUGAUCCUUUCAAAGUACUCUUCAUCCCCCGGGACACACACAAUGGAGGCACUACUUCUGAAUAUCCAAAACGAAUUUUUACGACAUCGAGAGGCUCAUUUAGGCAUCUGGAUCUUGGGUGGAGUAGUCGUCCGGCUGGCCAUGCGAAUGGGAUACCAUCGAGACUCGGCGGGUUAUUCGCAGGUUUCCGUCUUCCACGGCGAGAUGCGGCGGCGCGUCUGGGCAAUGAUUCUGCAACUCGAUACUCUGACUUCUUGCCAGCUUGGACUGCCGCCAAUGAUACAAGAACUGCAGUGUGACACGCAACUGCCCCGCAAUCUUCUCGAUGACGAUUUUGGACCUGACUCUGUACAACUCCCGUCGGCACGGCCUGAGACGGAGCUCACGCCUGUGCUCUACACAAUCACAAAGUCGCGAUUACUUACAGUCUUCCGGGCCAUAUUCAAUCAGGUCUCGCUGGGACGACUUGAAGCUUACACCGAGAUCAUGGCGCUCGACCAGCGCCUUCGCAAUGAACAUGCGUCUAUUUCGCCUCGCUUCCGAAUGACUAAUUUAGAGAAUUCCGUCACGACAUCAGUUUAUUUACUAAUGCGCCGGUACAAUAUAGAGUUCCUCUUCCAAAAGGCGCGAUGUAUCUUACACCGCCAUCACAUGACAAAGUCUUACAGAGACAGCACGUUUAGUUUCUCAAGGUCGUCUUGCAUUGACGCCGCCAUGGCAAUCCUAUCUCAUCAGGCCAACAUUCUGCGAGAGGUGCAAGUGGGCGGCCUUCUAUACCGAGAUAAAUGGUUUGUUUCUUCACUUGAGCAGCAUGACUUCCUGUUGGCGUCGAUGAUCAUCUGCCUUGAGCUUAGUUUUCGAGCCCGCGGAGAGGCACCUGCGGCUGGCCCCAGUGAUGCGGACAGCUUUCCGAAAUAUUCAGAACGAAACUUGGUUGAGUCAUUGAGAAACUCCCGUCACUUCUGGGAUGAAUUCAAAGCGACUGCCCCUGAAGCCCAACAAGCGUUUCACAUAGUUUCGGUAAUGCUGGAUAUGAUUUCGAGGGGUUCCCGGCCGCAGAAAGAUAGGCAUGUAAUGUACAUGGAAAACGCGGAAAACACCGGAAAUCUCCAGGGUAAUCCCCAGGUCGAUACAGCAACAACCGGCGAUCCCAUUUCUUCUGGAUCGUCCCAAUUAAAUUCACAGUCAGAUCCGACGCAAGCAUUCACUCAUACCUUCAAUUCAGCUGUUGAAGGCAUCGAAGCCUUUAUCAACAGCCCGGAUGCCGUUGAUUGGGCACUGUGGGAGACUUUUAUCAAGAUUUCUUGAGCUACACAAGGGUCUUAUGAAUUUGGACAGGAAACACCGUAAGAUUUCGUGUUGUAGAUUGCUCUUCAUGAUCCUUCACGUAAGAGGCAGGUCGCAUGUAUUAUCUAUUAAUGUCU